CUCACAACAGUGGAUGACUUUCUUUGCCAGCACUCAAAAUAAUGCGGAGGAAAAUCAAAGUGAACGUAGAUCGUGCCGCCACCAGAUGUGAAUCCUUUACCGUGUACAACCGGGAUAUCCGGCCAAAUCGAUUACGUUGAAUGGAUGCAUAUAUUAAGACAAAACCGUCUCGCACAGCCGUUAUUAUGUCGUUAGUAUGUUCAAAACUUAGUUUGAUUUCACCGGCAUGGAGAACAUAUUAUUAGAAUGCUUGCUCCGAUUUCGUGGCGUACCAAGGUCCAUAACAUUGUUUCUUUUUUCUCUUCUGCUAACCUUGCCGCUCAUAUCAUCGAACAACAUCCAAACUGUCAACGAGAUUCCACGCUCACGCCUUAAUAAUACAAGGAUCUAUUCCCAAAUCACCGAAUUAGGAGAGAACGAAACCUUUCCAGGAACAUUCAGCCUGUGUCCCAAUGUUUCGGACACAAAGCUAGUCAACAGAAUCCCACUACCCGAACGUUACGAUUACCUACAGGUUUUACGUGGAAUGAACAGUGUAAGCUUCGAUGUACAGCCCGACUUCUUCAUGCGGCAGUUCCAAACGUUCCUCGAACUGAAAGAAUUUGUGAGCCACCACAAGCUGGCAAUAAAGAUCAGUAACCAAUCGGUAGCUGAGCUGCAGGAUGCCCUUACUUAUGCUUGGUUACCUCGUCUUGCAAAAAGCAACUGGACAGCGACACGUGCAGAAAUCCUGCGCAUUGAAAACGGGACCAGGUUCUCAACAGACGGGUCGGCAUUGAUGCUAAUUCGCUAUAUGCUACCGGUCUCGGAUGCCUUUUCACCGGCAAAUUUCUCGCGCAAUCAGCCGCAGUAUCCUUGGUUGUACGCUCGCAACUCCACGUACCACGAAUUAACACAAAUAGUUACGCCACCUCUGGAUGAGUUCAUUCAGCGAUUGCAGGACAAGGGUGUGACAGCAUACAACGGUCCGCUCUUUUUUGAAACCACUGGCAUACUGGACGAUGUUUACUUGCGGGCAAAUUCUACAUACGGCUUCUUUGAUACCGACCAGAUGAAGACGGAUGUGAUGGAGAUGGUUCAACAAACGCGUGCUAGAAAAAACUGUAGCGACGGGGGCAUGAGCGACGUGGAAAUUCAUUUUGGUGGACUCGAGCCGCAAAUCGUGACAUCAAGGACAAACGGCACCUUUUCUGAUGUGACAGUGAUGCCCAUUCAGCUUGCCAUCCACGUCCAGCAGAGGACCCUAGUCUCCGAUCGUUUCGACGGGUUCCCGUUACCCAUCCAUACCGAUCGCUACUAUUUUGACUCAGAAUCGGUCCGUCGCCGAGUUAAUAUAAACACCACGGGUCUUCAUCUGCUGGACCAACUGCCGCUGAACCCGGCACACUCGUUUCGGAUGCAUCUGGGUCGACCAUUAAAUGUGCAGUGGUUGCCGCUGCUGGAGACUCUGAUGACAUCGCAGCUGAACACCAGCAUCGGUCCACAUCACCGAGCGGAAGUGCGAGUAUGGAACUUCGAUCCAGAUGGUUGGGUUGUCAACUUCUUCGUGAUUCUGCGUUCUGAACCCAUGCUAUGGCUGGGAUACGUUCUGGAUGCCAGACUACCGUACGCUGCCAGCAUCUACCGUAAACUCGAAGGUCUUCAGCUUCGUCUGCCAUCGGCUAGUGCAGUGUAUAUGCUGAUGACGUAUGUUGUUGAUGACAUUUCGAAGCGCGUGGUUAGAGAACGGGCCUUUCGAGAUUGCGAAGGCGAGGAUAAGUGGCUUUCCUUUCCGGUAGAGGAGCAGGAGUGUCCUCUGCAGAAGAACUUCACAUUGUACGUCGAGUGGCUAUCCGAGUAUCCACAUAGACGUUAUCUUCAGAACGGAUUUGUGAAAGUGCAACCGAAUGCCGAUAAAAUCUUGGAUGCCGUACAGCAAGCUUUUGCCAUUGCAAACCCCGUGACAAUGGAUAAUAUCGUUCUUACCAUUUCUUUAACGGAUCGCGAUGACAGUUUACGAACGACCAUAGGGCGCGACGCUUUCAAGUUAAGUUUCGCUCUGUCGUACCCGAAAAUGAAGAGCGGAUUGUAUUGGAAAUUGUGGCGCUAUCCAUCCUACGAUGAACUAAACGGCUUGUUGCAGAGUGUUGCAGAAGUUAAACUUGUCCGCACUUGGACAGUUGCGAUCCCAGUUUCCAAUUAACAUAGUUCAGUGUCCCAUUUAUCGUUUCUGUUUGCAAAGAAACGACGACAUUUCACCGUUUGAAUUUGUUCUUAUGUUAAGUUGCAGUACUUACUAAAAGUUGUGCAAGUCUUCGUAGCGUAUUAACAUUUAUUAUGUUAUUUAUUUGAUAACGGCAAAAGUAAAGUCAAAUAAACCUUUUGCUGAGCAAGUUUUGUACUGAUUUUGCAUUAAAACUUGAUAA